AUGCCUCAUUUUCCUAACGAGAUCGAAUAUUCAGAAAAAUACAACGACGAUGUGUAUGAGUAUAGGCACGUGCAUCUGCCUAAAACGACCUUUAAGAAGAUGCCAAGAGGAAGACUGUUAUCAGAGAGCGAAUGGAGAGCUCUAGGUGUUCAACAAAGCCGAGGAUGGGUUCACUAUGAAAUUCAUAGGCCAGAACCUCAUGUUCUCUUGUUUAGAAGACCUUUGGGGACUGAUCCAUUGACCGGAUUAGCGCCUGCAGCACACCACACUGCAAGUAUUUUAUUAAACUCCCCCCCCUCCGUGAGUGAACAACAAAUUUUGUUCACUCACGGAGGGGGGUUAAUUUUUUUUUUUUAAAAAAUUUUAAAAAAUUUUUAUUUUCGAAAUUUAAAAAAAUCCUAAUUUGCAAAAAUUGGGAAUCAAAUAUUAAUUUAAUUUAUAAAAUUUAUGUUUUAAAACGCAAUUUGUUUAAAAAUUAAACAGAAUUAGCUAUAGAUUUCAUUAUAUUAAUUAUCACUUAUAUAUCAAAUUUUUUUUCCAUUAAAAUUUUUGUUCACUCACGGGAGGGGGGAAAUUAA